CCCCUUAUCCCACCCAAUUAGGGUUUCCUCUCAUAUCUCUGAUGUCUUUCCCUUUCAUUGGCUAAUUUAAGGCCAGUGCACAUAUAAUUCUUGGAAGAACAAAUUUAAGAACAGCAGCUUAAAACUAGCUCAUAAGUACUUGCAAGAGCUCCUGCACAGCUAGAGAGAUAACAAAGUGGAAUAUGGCUUCUUCAUCCAGCUCCUCCUACAACUCACCUUGUGCUGCCUGCAAGUUCUUGAGGCGCAAAUGCAUGCUCGGCUGCAUUUUCGCACCUUACUUCCCACCGGAGGAGCCCCAAAAGUUCGCCAACGUCCACAAGAUCUUUGGAGCCAGCAACGUCACCAAGCUCCUCAACGACCUCCUCCCUCACCAGCGGGAAGACGCCGUCAACUCCCUAGCCUAUGAAGCAGAGGCACGAGUCAGGGACCCGGUUUACGGUUGCGUUGGAGCCAUUUCCUUCCUCCAGAGACAGGUCCAGAGGCUCCAGAAGGAACUCGACGCUGCCAAUGCCGAUCUCAUCCGCUAUGCCUGCAAUGAAAUCAUAGCGACCCCGGGGAUGAAUCCGGUGAUUCAACAGCAAAUGGCUCCUCGGAGAAGGUCUAUUGAUCAUCACCAGUUUUAUCAGCAAGGUGGUGCGGCAAUUCCUCCUCCUGCAGCUAAUUUCCAGGUUCCUUAUAAUAUCCCAUGGAAUGUUGAUCUUCAAAACCGUACCUCCGGUGAUCACAUAAAUGAAGGAGGGGGAGGAGGAGAGGGAAGAGUGUGAUGAUUGAGUUGAGAUUUAAGAAGGGAGAGAGAGGCUCUCACAUGCAUUCACAAAAGGUAAAUAAGUAAAGCCCAAUUGAGUAGGGUUUCUCCAUUAGUAUCUGUUUAGUAAGUAGUACUCAUCGCGUUUAUAGCUAGCCUCACGUGUAGUACUAGUACUACUCUUCUAGCCAGACGAUGAUCGUUUUCAUACGGCUCUUCAUGUGUUCAGUUCCAAACAAUCUUCUUUAAAAUCCAAUAAUUUAUAGGUAUUUCAUGUCGAUUGCAGUGUUACAGCGUGGGAUUUGGGACCUAAAUAAGGCAUUUAGUGUGGCUACUAGAUCUCUUAUUCUCUCCUAAAGUAUAUUAUGUAGUGCAUCUCUGAAAGGCAUGCGCAUGCUGCUUAUUUGGGGUUG